UUCGAGCGCCCACUCAUUUUCAGGGGUGCAUACCCUGGGAGGGUUUGUGAUAUUCAGUCUCAAGAUGUCAGAAGGCUUUUCUGUCCCAGUUCCAGAGGAGCAGAAGGAAGUUUUGAAAGUGAAAGAAGAAGACUAUACUUGGGAACAGCAAUCCAGCCAACCAGAAAACAACUGUUUUACCCAGGAGACCUCUCGGCAACGUUUCAGACAGUUUUGCUACCAGAAGACAACCAGCCCUCGAGAGGCUUUGAGCCAACUAUGGGUGCUUUGCUAUCAGUGGCUGAGGCCUGAGAUGCAUACAAAGGAGGAGAUUAUGGAGCUGUUGGUGCUGGAGCAAUUUCUUACUGUCCUGCCCCAGGAGCUCCAGGCCUGGGUGAGGAAGCGGUUCCCACAAAAUGGAGAAGAAGUAAUUACUAUAUUGGAGGAAUUGGAGCAACAAUUGAAUGAACCUGGACGGCAAAUUUCAGUUCUUUCACAAAGACUAGAACACUCAGAGGAGACCAAGCAUCAAGGAGCAUCCCAGGAGUCACAAAGCUUCCAGCUGAAGUGUGAAUCUCAGGAUCCCUAUCUUCUCCAAGAGAAUGCUGUCCCUGUUUCGAAGAUUUCUUCUCAUCACCAGGGGGAACUCCUCAGGAACCAGACAGUGGUAUCAGUUUUUAAUUCUACUCAAUCCCAGACAUCAGUGAAGACUGAGGAAGAAGUGAAGUUCCUUGUUUCAGAAGAGUGGCAAUGUUUUGACUCAGCUCAAGAGAAUACAUGUCGGAAUGUGGCACUGAAGAAUUUUAGGAACCUUGACUUGCUAAUUUGGGACUUUCCAGGAUUUCGACCUCUGCCCUUCCCAGGCUCAGAAUCAGAACCACUGCCACUAUCUACUUGCAAGAGAGCGAAACGAGAUGCAGUAGUGGGAACAGAACUGAUUACAGCUGAAGCCAUUGUAAAGAUGCCUCUCUUAAGAAAAGUCUAUCAGAGAAUAAUUCCUCAUCCGUGA